AUGAUUAACUACAAAUAUUUCACAGCCUAUCUGACUUUUCAAGGUCACUUCCAACUCUACUGAAAAGUCACAGCCACUGACCCGACGGGAGGUGGGAUCCUGUGACGUACUUUUCAGACUGCUGGCGUUGUUUACAGUUAGUGAGGAUUUUGUAGCAUGACUUAUCAAACGUCAAGCACUAAAUGGCCAUAAAAGUCAUUUCGGAAAUUAUGAAGAAGCUCUGUGACACAGUAUAAAUGGAGUCAUUGCGAGGCUCCGGGGGCCUCUCCCGCGAGUACAAACUGGUGAUGUUGGGAGAGGGGGGAGUGGGGAAGAGCGCUAUUAUAAUGCAGUUUAUCAGCCACAGGUUCCCUGAAGACCAUGACCCCACCAUAGAGGAUGCAUACAAGACACAGAUCCGCAUCGACGAUGAACCUGCCAACCUGGACAUACUGGACACAGCAGGACAGGCAGAGUUCACAGCCAUGCGGGACCAGUACAUGCGGGCGGGCGAGGGCUUCAUCAUCUCCUACUCCAUCACAGAUAGGCGGAGCUUACAGGAGGCGCGCCAGUUCAAGCAGCUCAUUGACCGUGUGCGCCGCACCGCCAACACCCCUGUGGUACUGGUGGGCAACAAGUCUGACCUGACUCAUCUACGACAGGUGUCAGUAGAGGAGGGGAAAGAACUGGCCCGGGAGUUCCAGUGCCCCUUCUUCGAGACCUCAGCGGCAUUUCGCUACUACAUCGACGAGGUAUUUGCCGCCCUGGUCCGCCAGAUUCGCCAGCGCGAGACAGAAUCGGUCCGUGGCAGCGAGAGGAAAACCAGGAGGAGCCAGUCAUUCUGGAGCCGCAUGCGUUCCACCUUCCACAAGAAACAGCACUCUGAGCACUGAGAGAUGCUGUGAGAUAUGUUACCCUUACAGCCCCAAUUCCUAGUUCCAACUCCCACGAGGAGACCAAUGACUCUUAUCUGAGUUAGAUUGAGUGUUUGCAAUGGGCAAUUAAACUAACAAUCAUUACUGAAGAUAUGAGUCUUCUGUGCGCUUCAGAGAAGGCAGGAACUGUGCUGAUGUACCGUAUGCUCAUUGUGCUGAAAAUUGGGUCUGGUUUUUAACGACAGCCGACGUUAGCGUUUUAGUAUCCAAUGAAACCAAUUGACUGUAGUGUUGUAAAUUGUAAAUGCUGAGACACUGUGGAGUUGGCCUGAAGUUACGACAUUUCUUUGAUGGAGAGCCAGUGAGGAGACGUUUAGGUGAAACUGUAUUG